UCUGGGGGCUUCUGGAAGGCCCGGGAGGGUGUAGGUCUGGGCGCCCGGCCCCGGGGCGCAGAGCGGCUCCUUCCCCGGAACUCACAAGCAGCCCCGCGGCGCUUUUCCGACUGACAGCCUGGGAGGCAUCCCUGAACCGGUGGUCAGACCCAGGGGCCAACAGGACUCGGGCUGGGAUUGCUAGAGGCACGCUUCACUGCAUCCCAGUACCUUUAUGGUGGUGCCCAGGGCCUGCUCUCGUUUCUGCGCCCCCGGAAGGUGGCCUCUGGGGAGGGAGGCAGACUUGGGUCCCGACCUCACUGUCACUUAGCGGGUGUGGCCUUGGGCAGGUCACUCAACCUGUGAGCUUUCUUCAUAGUUCAUCCAACCCUUGGGACAACCUGAGGUCUCCCGCGUGGUGCUGACCCAGCGGCUAUCUCACUGCCCUGGGGGUGGCCGGGACCCGGAACGCCAGCCAGAUUGCUGGCACCUUCUCCCAAGAGCCCCAGCUUGCAGGGCCAAUCCUUGUGUCCCGGUCCUGGAAGGACAGCUGCACCGGCCCCUCCACGGCCCCCCGGAGCUGGGAACCCAGGCAGGAGUAGCACAGAAGGAGAAUCAGGCUCUGGAGUUGACGGCUGGGGCCAAACUCUGCACUGAGAGCAAACUCCGAAGCAUUUCAGCCUCGGGCGCCCCAUCUGUGAGGUGAGACAAUGAGCUUCCAGGUGACGGGCCUGGGCCUGAACAAGAUGAAGCUGGACAGUCCCCCGUCCUUCCUGGACCAGGAGGAGGCGGAGGAGGCUGACGAUCCGCAGCUGCUGGAACCGGAGGCCUGGAGGACCUACAUGGAGCGCCGCACCGCCCUGCGCGGCUUCCUGACCUCCGACCUGAGCCCCCACCUGCUCCGGCGCCACCACGCCCGCGCGGAGCUGCUCAAGAAAUGCUCCUACUACAUCGAGAUCCUCCCCAAGCACCUGGCCCUGGGCGACCAGAACCCGCUGGUGCUGCCCAGCGCCAUGUUCCAGCUCAUCGACCCCUGGAAGUUCCAGCGCAUGAAGAAGGUGGGCGCGGCCCAGACCAAGAUCCAGCUCCUCCUGCUCACGGACCUGCUGGAGCAGCUGGACCGCGGCCGCGCCGAGCUGGGCGCUCUGCUGGGGUCACCCGACCCGCAGCCCUUCCUGGCGGGCUGGGGGCUGGUGGAGCGCAGGCUGGCGGACCUGGCGGCUGCCAUGGACAGCUUCCUGGCCAUGACGGUACCUGGGCGCCUGCACAUGAAGCACCGCCUGGUGUCCGACGUCGGUGCCACCAAGAUCCCGCACAUCCGGCUCAUGCUAAGCACCAAGAUGCCCGUCAUGUUCGACCGAAAGGAGUCGGUGGCCCACCAGGACUGGGUCAGCCUGCGGUGGUUUGCCACCAUCCAGCCGGUGGCGCCGGAGCAGUUUGAGCUCCGCUUCAAGCUGCUGGAGCCGCGGACACAGCAGGAGUGCACGCAGUGUGGCAUCAUCCCCGUGGCCGCCUGCACCUUCGACAUCCACAACCUGAUGCCCAACCGCUCCUACAAGUUCACCGUCAAGAGAGCCGACAGCUACACGCUGGUGUACGAGCCCUGGCGGGACAGCCUCACGCUGCAGACCAGGCCGGGGCCCCCCAAAGGGCCCACCCCCAGUCGGCCGGGCAAGCCAGGCCCGCCCCUGACCACGCUUUCCGAGAGAUGAUUUUCUAAUAUUUAUCCACUAGUGAAGAGGAGUAGAAACACACACACACACACACACACACACACACACACCAUUAAAGAAGCAAACCUGCUUACGUUUUAGAGGCA